UUAAACACAAAUUACAAAUUAAUAUUGUUAUUUACACAGAAUAUCCAGUAUCCAGACUUGUGAGGUCAAAUUAGGUCUAUGUUUUUUUGUCAACUAAUUUAUCCCUUGUUUUCCCAGAUCAUCUUCUACGAGGACAGGAACUUCCAGGGUCGCUCCUAUGAGUGCAUGAGCGACUGCGCUGACAUGUCCUCCUACCUGAGCAGGUGCCACUCCUGCAGGGUGGAGAGCGGCUGUUUCAUGGUCUACGACCGUCCCAACUACAUGGGAAACCAGUACUUCAUGAGGAGGGGCGAGUACGCUGACUACAUGAGCAUGAUGGGAUGGAGCGGUGGCAUCAGGUCUUGCCGUAUGAUCCCCAUGCACAGAGGCCAGUUCAGAAUGAGGAUCUAUGAGAGGGAGAACUUUGGUGGUCAGAUGCAUGAGCUGAUGGACGACUGUGACAACAUCAUGGACCGUUACCGUAUGUCCGACUGCAUGUCCUGCAAUGUGAUGGACGGCCACUGGCUGAUGUACGAGCAGCCCCACUACAGAGGCAGGAUGAUGUACCUGAGGCCUGGAGAGUACAGGAGCUUCAGGGACAUGGGAUACAGCGGCAUGAGGUUCAUGAGCAUGAGGCGUAUCAUGGACAUGUGCUAGACAAUUUCAUUUUGAAAUAAAAAUGAAUGACAAAACAAAAGCUUGAACCUGUGACUUUUUUGUUCUGUCAUGUUUGUAG